AUGGCCCCUCCUCCUGAAUUCCUGGAAGAGCUAUACAAAACAUCUGUUGGUUUUCGUACGAAUAUUAGAGCGUACAACUCAAUUCUUGCAUUCACAUCAAUUGGUGCCAAAAUCGACCAUUCGGUAACAUCAGGAAAUGGUCCAUACACAUUUAGAAUCCAUGGACAAAAUCACCAUCAAAUAGGAUCUCUAUUACCGGUGGAAGGAAGGCCUCCCCAGUUUGCACAGCUCUAUAUAUAUGAUACUGCAAAUGAGGUUCGGAACCGUAUGAGUACACUGAGUCGAACAUCGAAUGCUGGAGAUUUAGAUGAGAAAAUUGUCACAGGCCUUAUUCAGAUGAUGGACAAUUUUAAUUGUCUUGCAAAGAUCUUUAGAAAGGCAGGGGAUCGGUAUGAAUUAGGAGACGUCUCAAAUUUCUCAAUCACUUUGGUAGAACAAAAAAGACGUGGUAAGCAGUACGAGAUGCCAGUUAGUGAGGAGAUUGUUGGUUUGAUCAUUGGCGACAUGUCAACAACAACUGGUGAAAGAGAUGUUGUUUUACAGUUUAAACUAUCAUCUCAUUUGCAACGAAUAAGCGACCUUCAUCCAUUGUUUAUGAGUCUACAAUACCCGUUGUUGUUCCCCUACGGUCAAUAUGGAUUCCACGAAGGAAUCCAAUACACAAAUGAGCGAAACAAGAUCAAGAGAUCAUUUGUAACCAUUAGGGAAUUCUACGCAUACCAAAUACAGACAAGAUUAUCUGAAGGAAUGACAAUUGUUAAAGGCGGACGUCUGUUUCAACAGUACGUGGUCGAUGCUUACACUGCAAUUGAGCAGGAAAGAAUACGGUGGAUGAGAAACAACCAAAAGACAUUGAGAGCAGAUCUUUAUAAUAAUGUUUUUGAUGCAGUAGACAAAGGAGAUACAAAUGCUAAAGUAUUGGGCAGAAGGGUUAUUUUACCUCCUACAUUCACCGGGGGCCCACGAUACAUGGUUGAAAACUAUCAUGAUGCAAUGGCCAUAUGUAGAUGGUUUGGAAAUCCUGAUCUUUUUGUUACUGUGACGGCAAAUCCAAAAUGGCAAGAGAUAUCCGAUCAUCUUAAAGCCUAUGGUGGAGAAUCUGCAAAUGAUAGGCCAGACAUUGAAUGUCGUGUUUUCAAGAUGAAAUUGGAUGACUUAUUAUCCGAUUUGAAUGAAAGCAUAUUUUUUCCGAAGCCAAUUGCAGUGAUAUACACCAUUGAGUUCCAAAAACGGGGUUUACCACAUGCUCAUAUACUUAUAUGGUUGGAUCCUAUGUAUAAAAGCCCUACAGCAAAUGACAUCGAUCAUCUCAUUUCAGCAGAGUUGCCGGACAAAGAAACUGAUUUCGAAGGAUUCAAAUUAGUUGAACAACAUAUGAUGCAUGGCCCAUGCGGUUUGGACAGACCUCGCUCCCCCUGUAUGGAGAAAGGCAUAUGUACGAAAAGAUACCCUCGACCUUACACGGAGCAUACGACUGUUGAUAAAUCAGGGUAUAUUAUAUACAGACGACGGAAAGACAUGUCUAGAUUUGUGAUGAAAGGGGAUGUAAGAUUAGAUAAUCGUUUUGUGGUCCCACACAACUUGGCGAUUCUGAAGAAAUAUAAGGCACACAUCAAUGUCGAAUGGUGCAGUAAAUCGACAGCUAUUAAAUAUCUCUUCAAGUACAUCACAAAAGGGGUAGACAAGACAACUAUCAUUAUUCGGAAAGGCACUCGGGAAACAAUGUUUACCGAAUGGAUGAACACCAACAAACAGUACAAAGAAGCAACACAGUUAACGUAUGUUGAAUUCCCAACAAAGUACGUAUGGAAUAACACUGUUACGACGAAAUCUAUACAGUUGAUGGUGUCAAAUAUAAUACAUUCAAAGAUGCUUGCCAAGCUAGAGGAUUACUUGAUGAUGAUAAUGAAUGGAGUGAAGCAAUAG